AUGGACAGAAGGGUAAAUGGAACAAAGCCUGGGUUUCCCCAAGGUGUGGUAUUUAGUGCGGCUAAGGAGAAGUGUACAUCAUCAGAAGCUCAAAAGGUGCAACUGGCUGCCUUCACUCUUGAGGAUGAGGCACGCAGAUGGUGGAUGCUUACGAGAACUAUACACCAAGGAUUGACGUGGGACAGAUUCUUGGAAUUGUUUUAUGAUAAGUACUUCCCUCAAAGCAUGCGGGAUAAGAAGGUAACAGAAUUCGAAACUCUCAAACAAGGGAACAAAACCGUCGCCGAAUACGAAGCCCAAUUUGCAGAAUUAGCUCGGUUUGCACCUUAUAUGGUGGACACAGAUUAUAAGAAGGCGCGUAAAUUUGAAGGGGGAUUGCGGAGCACUAUCCUGGAUAAGGUCAACAUGUUGAAGUUACCCACUUACGUUGAUGUGUUGGAGAGGGCUGUUAUAGCGAAAGGGAAUCUCGCUACUCAAAGUCGAAUUUCGGAAUGGAAAGGGAAGAGGCAAAAUACUCAAUGGUCGAAGGGGUCACCUACUCCACCAAACAAGAAGCAGACUUUAGGGAGUUCAAAUACUUCCACCCCUAGUCAGGAUUCAAUGCCGACUUGUCCGGAAUGUGGGAAGAAGCAUCGUGGAACGUGCUACCGGAAGUCUAGAGCCUGUUUUCAGUGUGAUAAGACGGGUCAUUUGAUCAAGGAUUGCCCUCAAAGAAAUCAACAGAGUAAUAAUAAGACUGCUACAAGUUCAGCGGGGUCUGCACCAACUUCCAACACGAAGACCACUGCUAAACCUACUAAUAAUAAAGACACUACGAGACAAGGCAGGGUGUUCGCAUUGGUUCCGGGAGAUGUACAAAAUGCAGCAACAGUGGUGUCAGAGCUUGUGAUACAUGGACAGGAGGUAGUAUUAGCAGCAAUAAUGGCCCAACCGACUUUACUUGAAGAGAUCAAGUUACAUCAAAUGAAGGAUGAUACUCUAAAGAAGGGCACACUUCGAGAGGAACAAGCACGUCGUUACAACACUGUGAGUAGUAGUACCGUUAUAUGCUUCAAAUGUAGCUAA